AACCCUAAACGCGCCGUUUCCUCCCGGAGCCACGCUGCCGCACUGCUAAACCCCCCACGCGCCGGCGGCGGCGGCUGCUGCCCUCUCUCCCGGCCGCCCGCGAUGAGGCGCUUCGCCACGCACCUCCGCCGCCUCUCGCACCGCGCCCUUCCUCCCCGGCCUCCUCCUCCUCGCCCCCCGACGACCUUCUCCACCGGCCUCCCCUUCCUCCUCUCUCGCCGGCGCCUCCUCUCCGAGGACGCCGCGGCCGCGCCGCCGGCGCCGCCCACUCCUCCGCCCGUCGCCGACGUCCCAAACGAAGAGCUGAAGCGGCGGUUGGAAACUUACUACGAGGUGGAUGAUGAGACAGAACUACCAUCUGUCACAGAGGCUGUUCUCGAGCGGAAGCUUGCUGAUGUGCACAGUGAGACGGAUGAUGAACUUAUCGAGGAGUUGCGCAGCAAACCACUCCCUGAGGUCCGUGACAGGGAUUUUGAAUCUGACUUUGAGGAGAUGCACGAUACUGAUGAGGAGCUGGACAACUUGUAUAACGCCAGGCAGCAUGUGGAAAAAAAGAUCAAGAGUGAUGAGUUCUUUAACAUGGAUGACGACAAGUGGAAUGGGAUGAUCAAGGAGGCUGUGGAUAAUGGUCACCUGAGUAAUAUGAAGGAAUGUGAGAAUAUCUUGGAGGAUAUGCUGCACUGGGACAAGCUACUACCUGAUGAAAUUAAAAAGAAGGUGGAGGCUAAAUUUAAUGAGUUGGGAGACAUGUGUGAGAAAGGAGACCUUGAACCUGAGCAGGCUUAUGAAUUAUUCAAAGAGUUUGAGGAUAAAAUGGUCUUGGAGUGCACAGAACUAAUGGAAGCUGAAACCCCAACUGAUGUAGAUGAAUUUUCUCAAAUGGAAAAUAAGAAUGUUAAGUUAGACGAUCCACCUGGUGAGGGACCUGUUCUAAGGUGGGAGUCACGUAUUGUCUUUGCUCCUGGUGGUGAUGCGUGGCAUCCCAAAAACAGGAAAGUUAAACUCAGUGUGACUGUCAAAGAGCUGGGACUUACACGACAUGCCUUCCGACGGUUACGUGAGAUUGUUGGGAAGAGGUAUAAUUCUGGAAAAGAUGAGCUCACAAUAAUUAGUGAAAGGUUUGAGCACCGGGAAGAGAACAGGAAAGAUUGCUUGAGGACACUGUAUUCUGUAGUAGAAGAUGCAAACAAGGCUAAUAAGUUGGCUGAGGAUGCUAGAAAUGCGUAUGUUAAAAACAGACUUAAGGCCAAUGCGCAGUUCAUGGAACGAUUGAAGAUGAAGACAGAGAAAUUGAGGGUAGCUGCAUAAUGGGCUCCAGGAUCUACGCGCUGGAACCAUUCCUUUUACAUGUUAUCAGGACAGUCAUUUGGCAACAAAAAGAUGCGGCAGCGAUACAUGAUAAUAGUUUACAUGUUCGCAUAGUGAACUUGGCUACAUCCUGAUUUUGUCUACAAAUAACAAAUUGCAUCUCAAGACUUUUAGUCUGUUAUCCUUACGAAAUUUCUGUUAGCUGCUGCUUCUUAAAUGUGAGAUCUAUUAGAGCACUUCCAACAGUUUGGGAUUUUUUGUUUCCCAAAUCUUGUAGUUUGGCAACUCUUCAAAUAAUAUGAGAAAGGAAAAAAAAGUCAAUCUCUAA